AUGGAAGAAUUGAGGCAACAGGUCGAUAGCUUCAAUCUCUCAGAAGGAGUAACAGAUACUUGGUUAUGGUCUAAGGAAGAAGGUGGUUUCUACACGGUUAAAUCUGCCUACUACCUCCUCCAAGGGGGAGAAGGGACCCCAACAGGUAGUGUAUUUCAGAAAUUAUGGACCGUGAAAGCACCCUCAAAUGCUAUUUCCCUAGCUUGGAAACUCCUCCUGAAUGGCAUCCAAUCUAAGGAUAAUCUUAGGAGAAGGGGCAUUUUAAAUACUGUUGUUGAAGUUUCCUGCUCCUUUUGCUCCCUGGCUGAGGAAUCUGCAUCUCACAUUUUCUUUAACUGUACUAUCUCGUGGAAAAUCUGGUCUCAAGUUUAUGCUUGGCUUGGCAUUCACACAGCUUUACCAAGUAAUGGUAGUUCUCACUUUCUCCAAAGCCAAGCUGGCUGUUUUGGCAAGGAUAGAAUGCAGGGAGUGAGCACUAUUUGGCUGGCCACAAUUGGGUACAUAUGGUCUCUGCACAACAAGAUAAUAUUUAGGGAAGGCCAAAUUGAAACUUCUACAGCUCUGGAAGUGAUUCAAUACCGUUCGUGGAUUUGGCUCAAAUCUAAGAUCAAAGGCUUUACAUUCUCAAUAUAUGAAUGGUCUGUCAACCCACUGUGGUGCUUGGGAACUCUUUAA